UUAUAUUCUAGAUUAUGGAGCUGAGCACACGAUUCUGUGCUACGUUGUUGUUGAAGGAUAUGUAUUUUCAUAUGGGUAAGGUGAUACCGUAUGGACUGCUGGCAUUAUGGUAUAUGUCACAAAUGACGAUAGCUCAACUCCGUCCAGCAUCGAGAUAUCAUAUCAGGUCAAACCUUGACUGGCCUGCAUUAGAAAACAACGGUAAUUUCUUUAUACCAAUUUCCGAACGUUUCAAGUCCGUCAGGCACGCGCAAGAGAAUGGUUUAUUAAGAGGCUUAAAAAAAGUUCGAGAACGAAUGCUGAGUGAAAGGAGUGACGUCCUUCCUUGGUCGUGUAACUGUAAACAUUUUUGGAGAGAUUUGGGCAAUGGGUUUAAUCCGAGAUUCAUCCGAGACGGUGCGUGUAGCAGGAAAACAUGCUGGUUUGGACAUUUUGAGUGUGUUCCACAGAAAUAUGAAAUUAACGUACUGGGACGAUUAGAUAUUUUGGAAGACCAACAGGACUAUUCCGCACAACUUUCAGAUGAUUAUGCUUUUGUUACACUUAAUGUCACAGUUAACUGCAUGUGUAUGAGAGCUUCAAGCAAUGGGUGAAAGACUGUUUAUUAUAGUUAAUUUUGCAAAUAAAUAUUGUAAACAAUUAUAAAACUAAAGUUAUGUGUGCAAAUAUAUACGGAAGCCAACUGUAACAUUCAGGCUAUAUGUCAAAACCAAUAAUAACAUUAAGACUAUAACUGCAAAUAUUGUAGCCGCGAUGAACUAUCAAUAAAUAAUUGACUGUUGUAUGGGCAGGUAUUGGAAUUAAAAAGGAAUGCCUUCAUAUUAUUCUUUCUUUUCUCAAGGAAAACAAUAAUUUCGAAAAGGUGUAACAUAUACAUUCUAAGCUUUUAUUCAUGAAAAGGCUUGACUCAUUUUGUGUUCAACUAUAUUAAGGAGGUAGUAUACCUUAAUAUUUGUAUGUGCACAUUUCCAACCAGAAGCUAACGUGAGGAUUUCCGGCAGAAAUGUAUUUGUAUAUUCGUUUUUCUGAAACAAAUACAUUAAAUUAUCUCUGAUCCGAUGCUUAAUGGUGUAAUAAUGCUGAAAUAAUGAAUAAAUUACCGAAGAAACGCUACAAAAUAUUGUUGCCAUAAAAUGACGUCAUGACGUUACGGGUCAGUUACCGCACAAAAUUAAUAGCUUUUUUCUUGAAAGUACGUAAUUCUUAGCACUAUUUUUUUUUUAUUUUGAGUUUUUUCUAAACAGCCGUUAUUUGUGAAAUGUUAUGAAUCUUUCGCUUUGAAUAAUGAACAAUUUUUUGCGGCUUUUACUUACUUUUGAAAUGUUAGGAUCCGGAGGAAUGUAUGAAAAUGGAUGAUGAUGACUGAUGUUAUUGAGAAUAAAAUUGGGUUCAGGUUACUUAUUACGGCCAUUUUCAAAUAAAAAUUCGGCAGUUUGAUAUGUAAUAUUUUCCGUUUCUAUUGAUAAUUUGGUACUUGUAUACUACAACUAUACUCUAAAAUAAUUCAUAUUUCAGUAGAAAAUAGCGAUCUCUUUAAUUGAAUUAAUGUUACCAUGGAAACGAACCCCGUGACCUUUAUAUCCAAAAUGUAAAUUUCAAAGGCGUUGACACUGAUCUAUUUAAGGAAAACAGUUUCAGCUUUUUAUUUGUAUUUUAACACUAUCCAUGAGAAUAAAAUUAAGAUUAAUAGGUUACCAAGUGUUGAUAUUUUGCUAAUGAUAUUAGCCUUAUUAUCAUAAAGAGAAUGACAUUGAAGCCGUUGAAAAACUACGUUGUCAUACAUCGAUGUUUUAAAAAAUCAGGGAAAAUGCGUUACCAUGGCAACAUAUACAUUUUAAGCUUAAAUUAGAAAGCUAACGCGCAUAAUAAUAAAAUUAUUAACUACGCAAACUUCUUCAGAUAACAGUAAAACAAAGUGUUAAAUAUCCGUAUUUUCCUUUUUCGUUCGAUAUAAAACACCUAUGGAGGGUUAAAUGCUGGAUAAAAAUUGUAUUUGAAGGGAUAAAGGAAAUUGAAAAUGUAGCAGCAUUAAAUUACACGAAAUUACACCAAAUACAAAUAAAUGCUACGGUUUAUUUAAUUUGAAUCUACCCUAGUGACUAGGUAUAGUACCUCCUUAAUUCAAUUUAGAUAGCGUUAUUGCCUCGGAAACCAAGUCCAGUUUUCAAAUAUAAAUAUUUAGAAAUUGUGCAAGGGCUGUCUGCAUUUCUUUUACAUUUUCCACUUUGGUUUCAGAAAUCCACUAAGAAUGUACAUUUAUUAGAUCUGAGGAAUCUCUUUAGUUGGAUUUAAAACAUAUGCAUGAAAUAUUUCAUGGAUAGACACACCGAGUCUCCGUUCUCCACCGUUAAAGGGUAAGAGUCCACCGUGGGCUAAAAUUUGUAGCAAAUUGUUGCAAUUAUAACGAUAGCUCAGAGGAACGAUUUGCACACGUUCUAUUAUUAUAAUUUGUUACUUUUGACCUAUUUACGUUUAACUCCUUUUGAUAAGUAGUUUACACUUUUUUUUACAGAUACUACAUAUUUAUUGUGACAAACCUGUUUAUCCUAAUUUGUUACUUUUUUGUUAUUUGAAGAAGUAAAUUUUCUUUA